UGUAUGGAAUCGAUACUGUGGGAAGAGAAAAAAAAUGGCAUGUGGGACACCGGCCGCGGUGAAGAAAAUGAACUGACUAAUGUGCACAAAAAUUAACUAAUUUAAUGAGAGUUUUCUUCAUUAAUUGAAAUCAAGCAAGUAAGAAAUGAGUAGCUCAGAGGAAGUGUCAUGGAUAUCUUGGUUCUGUGGCCUUCGAGGGAAUGAAUUCUUUUGUGAGGUGGAUGAGGACUACAUCCAGGACAAAUUCAACCUGACAAACCUGAAUGAGCAGGUGCCACACUACAGACAAGCACUGGACAUGAUCCUAGAUCUUGAACCAGAUGAUGAGUUAGAGGAGAAUCCUAACCAGAGUGACCUGAUAGAGCAGGCAGCUGAGAUGCUGUAUGGACUCAUACAUGCACGCUUCAUCAUGACAAAUAGAGGCAUAGCGUUGAUGCUUGAAAAAUAUCAGCAAGGUGAUUUUGGUCACUGUCCGAGGGUGUAUUGUGAGAACCAGUUGGUUUUGCCAAUAGGGUUGUCUGAUGUACCAGGGGAAGCAAUGGUCAAGCUGUAUUGCCCAAAAUGCCAAGAUGUGUACACACCCAAAUCCUCACGACAUCAUCACACAGACGGGGCCUACUUUGGCACUGGUUUCCCACACAUGUUCUUCAUGGUGCAUCCGGAAUACCGACCAAAACGCCCCCCAAAUCAAUUUGUCCCAAGGUUGUAUGGCUUCAAGAUUCACCCUACUGCUUAUGAGAUCCAGCUGCAGGCUGCUGCAGCACGUAGUCGCUCGGCCUCGUCCCGUCCACGCUCGGCCAAACCGCCGUACAAGUAACUGGUUAACGGCCGGAGAUAGUCCAGAUGAAAGUCAACUAAUAAUUCUAAGAAAGAAAUGAAAGUCUGUCAUACAUUAUUGGAAGUGGCAUUCAUUCAUUACGGUUUUCAAGGUCUGAAGCAAUCAGAUGCACCACUUAUUUAUGCCAUACUUAACCCAGGGGUCGCAAGUGAACAGGUAGGAAUUCCUUGGCAGGUGUUUUAUAUUGAUCUUGCCCAGUUAGCUACAAGCCUGGAGGUUUCAGAGAUAAGUUUAAAAAAGAUUGAAUCUGACUCUUCUAAAGGCUUUACACUCACUGAUUUGGAUAAGAUUCUGAAAAUUGCUCCCAUUCACAUGCACUAUUUACUUGUGUAAAGAAGAUACAUGUGUUUGGAAAUUGUCCAUGUGUAUGCUGCACAAUGCCAUCUAUGUUUGACCCUUCAAGUCCGUUGCAAGAUUUAAGUAAAAACCUAAUCAUGGGUGCAUCGGCUUCAUUUUGCAUUUGGAACUCCACACAGUGUGGGUUUUUGUUUCUUUGAUUUUAUUUGAUGUUCAGAUAAAGCAUACAUGUAGUUGUAUUUCUUGAAAAACUUCAAUUACUAUUCAAGAUAUUAGCAUUCAAAAUAUCACAGUAAAAUUAUGGAACGCUGGAUUUCUACAGAAUUUAAAUUUAAAAAAUGGAUCUGGAAAGAUGAGGCAAACGCAUAUAACAUCAAAACAAAACGGCAAUUAAAUGUAAUUGCCAUUUGACAAGAUGGAAUGUUUUAUUUUAUUUGGAAUGUUACAUACAUUCAGUUAUGAUUCCAGUCUGGAUUUCACAAAAUGAAGAAUCAAUCUUUGGCCGUUAUGAAUGUGUUACAGAUUAUGGUUUUGUUGGUGCUGUAUUAUAUUUAGAUACUAAAAAUAUUUUUCUUGCAGGAACAAACACUCCUACAAGUUAUAACACAUUGUCAAAUUUUAGUGGUCAUUUUUAUUUAGUUUCACAUCAGUUUAGUUAUCAGUUAAGCGGCGUUAAAAAUGUUGGUUUCUUUUUGUGUUUCCCCUUGAAGCAUUGAAGUGUAGAGAGGUAUGUUGCUGAAGUAUCGUAUUUCUUAACCUGGCCUUGUAGGAGAAAGCAUUUGGCAUUUGAUGAAAGAUGCAUGCUUAUGCAAUUAUACACAAGCACUUGCCUUGUACACGUGUAUAGCUAAUUUCCAAAGAUGAUCUGUCUUUAAGUCAUAAAUGCUAAUUAUGGAUCCCAUAUCAAUGGCAAAUAAUGGUAUAUUGCCAGACAGUAGUUUGAAAAGGAAUUCUGUUCUGGCUGGGAAUGUACAUUGACAUGUAGAAACAUUUUCCCCCCUCAAGACACACUUCAGAAUUUCUAUUUGGUGUGUCUUUUGCUGAACAGAAAAGACCAAGUUACUUGGACAAUUACACCCUAUGGAAAUGUUAGACUCUUCACGGACAUUUCCUUUGUUUUGGACAAUUUUUGUUAAGCGCUCUUAAAGUUAAAGAAAAUAAGUUAACAUUAUUUUCUUAACAUUAGUACUUAAAGCACUGCAUGAAAUAACAUAAUGUAGCAUAGUGGGUGUCAUUUUUUCAUGGUGUGCAAUUAUGUUAUUUCUGGCAUUUUGGAAAUUCAUUUAUUUACCUUACGUACAUUGUGCAUAUUUCAUGUGAUGUACAUUGAAAGUGUGAAAGUAUUAAACAGUUCACUGAAAGUAGGAAA